AUUUCCAAACUGUAUUGCCUUCCUUAAUCGCCAAGCAAAAUAUUCAUCUUCAACUCCCAAAACCCACCAGAAAAGAAACCCUAUUUCUUCAUCUGCAGCCUGGGUGGAGUUCUUCUUCAUCGGAUGAUGAUUCCGGAUACAUAGAGGCUAAAAUUAUCAACAUGGGCCUAGGCGAAGUAGUUGUCAUCAAAUUGGGCGGCAUAAUGUCUGCCUCCACCGAAGUUACUGUCAAUUCGAUGACCUUGUUUGUUGCCCUCCUUUGCGCUUGCAUUGUCAUCGGUCAUCUUCUCGAAGAAAAUCGUUGGUUGAACGAAUCAAUCACUGCCAUUGUCAUUGGUUUAUGCACUGGUGUCGUUAUUUUACUAACUAGUCAGGGAACCACCUCAAGGAUUCUACAGUUUGAUGAAGAAAUUUUCUUCAUUUAUCUUCUUCCUCCUAUUAUAUUCAAUGCCGGGUUUCAGGUGAAAAAGAAGCACUUCUUUCGAAAUUUCAUGACUAUCAUGUUGUUUGGUGCUGUUGGAACUUUGAUAUCCUUUGGAAUCAUUUCAAUAGGUGCAUCAUGCUUAUUUGAUAAGCUGGACGUUGGUUUUCUUGGAACACAGGACUUUCUCGCAAUUGGGGCAAUCUUGUCAGCAACAGAUUCUGUUUGCACUUUGCAGGUGCUUAAUCAAGAUGAAACACCUUUUCUAUAUAGUCUAGUCUUUGGGGAAGGAGUUGUCAAUGAUGCUACAUCAAUAGUCCUCUUCAAUGCAAUUAAAAAGCUUGACAUUUCCCACGUUGACUCAUUCGUUGCCUUUCAAUUUUUUGGCAACUUUGCUGUUUUGUUUACCACAAGCACUUUUCUGGGUAUUGCAAUUGGUUUGAUUAGUGCUUACAUCAUUAAAAAGCUGUACUUUGGCCGGCAUUCAACUGAUCGUGAAGUUGCUCUCAUGAUUCUUAUGGCCUAUCUUUCAUAUGUUAUGGCUGAGCUCUUUGAUUUGAGUGGGAUUCUAACUGUGUUCUUUUGCGGCAUUGUCAUGUCCCACUACACCUGGCAUAAUGUGACUGAGAGUUCAAGGGUAACUACCAGGCAUGCAUUUGCAACCUUGUCAUUUAUUUCUGAAAUUUUCAUCUUCCUCUAUGUUGGCAUGGAUGCUUUGGAUAUGGAGAAGUGGAAUAUUGUUAGUAGAAGGCCGUGGCAAUCCAUUGGAGUGAGUUCGGUGCUACUUGGCCUUGUUCUAUUAGGGAGGGCAGCUUUUGUGUUUCCACUCUCCUUCUUGUGUAACCUAGGCAUGAAGUCCCAUGAUAAAAUGGAAUUUAAGCAACAGGUUACUAUUUGGUGGGCUGGUCUCAUGCGAGGAGCUGUCUCAAUGGCACUUGCUUACAAUCAGUUUACAAGUUCUGGCCAUACAAGAAUACCAGUUCAUGCGAUCAUGAUUACCAGCACCAUCACAGUUGUUCUUUUCAGUACAAUGGUUCUUGGGUUGAUGACAAAACCUCUUGUAAGGUUCUUGCAGCCUCCAUCAUUGUCAAGAACAUUAAGCAACCAUUCAUCACAAAAUAAUCUUAAGAGCAUCUCAGUUCCACUCCUGAGCGAUUGGAAUAGUCCGGAAGCAGAUGAUGAUACACCAACCCAUCACCACAAUAUAACUCGGCCCACAAGCAUACGAAUGCUCUUAAGCGCCCCAACAAGUACUGUACACUAUUAUUGGAGAAAGUUUGACAAUGCCUGCAUGCGUCCAGUUUUUGGAGGAAGGGGAUUCGUCCCUCAAAUCCCUGCCACGCCCUUGGAUAGGAGCACCGCUCAUAUCCUUAUUUCAUAAUCCACCCUUUAUUUAUUGAUAACAGAGAUGCUGUUGUUUAAUCUCUUAUAAGCUAGCCUACUCUGUUAUAUGUAAACAUUAUGGAGGAUUAGUUAUAAAAUGGAUAAUAUAUUACAAAUUACAAUGA